ACACCAUCCUGUGCAACCGUCCCUCCUUUAAUCAUAAGUCCAUUUCAUCGUCCCCCUCAUUACUAGCAGGUCUGCCUCCACGAUGAAAGCUACAGCUGUUAUCCUGCUGUUUUUGGUGAUUUUUGGAAUAACUGCAACACUUUGUGCAGGACGUAUAGGAGGACAAGGAGAGCGAUGUUUGUGCAAAGGGAAGCUCGCAAAGCGUGUCAAACCUCAAGAAAUUAAGAAAAUCGAACUAUUCCACAUGAGUGCUUCAUGUUCAAAGACUGAGAUCUUGAUCACACACAAGAAAGGAAAAAAGUUCUGCCUGGAUCCAAAUGGAAAGCAAGGAAUGAAGGUGUUGCAGAGCAAGAUGAGGCUUCACAGAGAGAAGAAGCCCAAAGCACACGGAGGAGGAAAGAAAAAGAAGCAGAAGAAGAGUCAGCAGCAACAGCAGCAGCAGCAGUGAGACAGCCUUGCAGAGCCAUGUACAUGCAGAGACAAUCCAUCAACAGUGAAAUACCAGCCGACAUUUAUCACACAUUAUUUUAUGUUAUAGACUUUAUCAAAAAAGAUGUAUUAGAACAUUAAAAAAAAACAUUUGAAAACAUAUAUUCAAGGUAUUAUACUAAUUCAUUCCUACUGUUAUGCGGUAGGUCAAAUUGAGCCAUUUUAAAAAUGCAGGUAAAAUAUUCUUCUUUUAAAUCCUUAACCUUAAUUAGUGUAAUAAACAUGUAAAUAGAAAUUGGAUUAAUUUUAUAUAUUUACAUUUUGUAUGUCCCCAUAUGUUUAUAUUACACAUAUACAGUGGUGCUUGAACGUUUGUGGACCCUUUAGAAUUUUCUAUAUUCAGGCUUAAAAACGACCUAAAACAUCAUCAAAAAUUUCACACUUCAACUCAAAUUUCAACUCAUCAGAGAACCCAUUUAAACAAAUGAGACAAAACCUGGUAACUUAUUGUACUUGGUCAUUUAUUUAUUGAGGUGAUCUUUAGUAAACUGCAGAUGAGCAGCAAUGUUUCUUUUUGGAGAACAGCACACCAUUGUCCUUCAGUGUUCUCUUGAUGAUUAACUCAUGAACAUUAACCUUAGCCAAUGUGACAGAGGCCUUCAGUUGCUUAUAAGUUACCUUGCGUCCUUUGUGACCUUGGCAACUAUUAUAUGCUUUGCUCUUUAAGUAAUCUUUGUUGGUCGACCACUCCUUGGGAGGGUAACAGUGGUCUUGUAUUUUCUUCAUUUGUACACUGUCAUCUGUCUGACUCUGGAUUGGUGGAGUCCAAACUCUUUUCCAGUCUGAUGAGCAUCAACAAAUCUUUUUCUGAGGUUUUUUGUAACAUUAUACACUUCCAAAAAAACGUGUUGCACAGAGCAGACUUUAAUAGAUCCCUGUUUUUUAAAUAGAACAGGCUCCGCCCACUCACACCUGAUUGUCAUCCCAUUGACUGAAAACAAACAAACUAACUAACUAACUAACUGCUAAUCCUAGAGGUGCAUAUAUGUUUGCCACCUACAAAUAUGUAAUAUUUGACAAUUUUCCUCAGUAAUAAAUAAGCAGGUAUAAUAUGUUUGUCUCAUUUUUUAAACUGGGUUCUCUUUAUCUAUUUUUAGGACUUCUGAUGAUGUUUUAGGUCAUAUUUUGCAGAAAAAUUUAAAAUUCUAAAUUGUUCACAAACUUUCAAACACCACAAUUCCAGUCAUUAACCCAGUAGAAACAAUAGAAGCUUCAAAGGACAAAAAUGUAACAUUUAGACCAAAACUAAGGGCAAUUGUUAAGAAUUGUUGUGAAUUAUCAGACACACUCAAUGGCUGAAAUUUGCAUUUAUUUAUUUACUGAAUAUUAAUUGAGUAGGAUAAAAAUAAUGAUUAUGGAGACAAAUUGACAUUUUAAUUAUGAAUCAGAACAAUAUUGCUGUUCCUUUUAGUUCAGAACAUAACAGAAAUGUUACAUGACGACAGUUCUGUAAAGGUUAAGAGCAGUAAGUUUGUUAAGUUUGUUUACUCUUGUAAAAGAAAAGGAAAAUGGAUAAGUCACAUAAAAAAAAGGGAAACUAAGACCCUUAUCAGCAAGAAGCCUGAUUUUCCCAGGCUUCAGUAUCAGAGUCUCGCUCUUUCUUACACACAUACACUCACUCACACACACACACACACACACACACACACACACACACACACACACACACACACACACACACUCCCACAGACACACACUGGAAUGUUGACAAAGACCAAAGACACACUAUUGGUGGAAGCUUUCUGCAUUUUGCUUAUUGCCUGUUACAACCUGUUACACAAGCAAACAGCCACUUUACUUGCCUUACUCUGCUUUACUCCGAGAUUAAUCAGGAUUUCAAGUAAUUUAGGACUUGUCCAGUUUGAUUUUUGCAUCAAAAAGAACAAAAAAAGAACUUUUAAAUGUCAUUUCAGUUUUUCUUUGGCAGCCAUCAUAAGUGUUGACUGAAAAUGGAAAUAAAAAGCUAUGCACAGAGACAGUAUAAAAAAUGUGUACCUCUUGUUUUUUAAAAAUAAAUUUGGAAAUUG